AUGCCUAAUGAUCCCAAUACCCUUCCUACUCCCAUCCAACGCCUUCAUCAGUUUCAACUCCCGUCUCACAUGCUACAUCCUGCUAGUCUUGGAGGCCUGACUGUUGCAAAUUUUGGCAUUGCAACCCAAGCACACCAACCUAAAGUUGAGCCCCCAGAAUAA